CCGAGCUCCACGCAGGAGCAGCCACGCUCCGUUCUUGUCGCUGCUAGUUUACUCGCCUCUCAUCUGCUCACGUGCGUGCUGCUAUGGAGGCGGCGGAGCAGAUUGCGGUGGUGUGGAAGCAGGUCCGCGGCCCGGUUAUCGUGCCGCUGCUGCGCGCGUCCGUGAUGGUCUGCCUCGCCAUGUGCGUGAUCCUGUUCGUGGAGAAGGUGUACAUGGCCGUCGUCAUCGUGGCGAUGAGGCUGAUCGGCCGCCGCCCCGAGCGGCAGUGGCGGUGGGAGCCCCUCCGCGACGACGACCCCGAGCUCGGCAACGCCGCCUACCCCAUGGUCCUUGUCCAGAUCCCCAUGUACAACGAACGCGAGGUUUACAAGAAGUCGAUCGGGGCGGCGUGCGGGUUGUCCUGGCCGUCGGAUCGGAUCGUCAUCCAGGUGCUGGACGACUCCACGGACCCCGCCAUCAAGGAGCUGGUGCAGGUGGAGUGCCAGCGGUGGGCGAACAAGGGUGUAAACAUCAAGUACGAGAUCCGGGACAACCGGCGCGGGUACAAGGCCGGCGCGCUCAAGGAAGGCAUGAAGCACGGCUACGUCAAGGACUGCGACUUCGUGGUCAUCUUCGACGCCGACUUCCAGCCCGAGCCGGACUACCUGAGCCGCGCCAUGCCCUUCCUCAUCCACAACCCCGAGAUCGCCCUCAUCCAGGCCCGCUGGGUAUUCGUGAAUGCAAAUGAGUGCUUGAUGACAAGGAUGCAGGAGAUGUCCUUGGACUAUCACUUCAAGGUGGAGCAAGAAGUGGGUUCCUCAGCUUAUGCCUUCUUUGGCUUCAAUGGAACCGCUGGUGUGUGGCGCAUAUCUGCUCUGAAUGAGGCAGGUGGCUGGAAGGACCGAACCACGGUCGAAGACAUGGACCUGGCAGUCAGAGCAAGCCUCAAGGGAUGGAAGUUUGUGUACCUUGGUGAUCUCAGGGUUAAAAGUGAGCUCCCAAGUACGUUCAAGGCAUUUCGGUACCAGCAACAUAGAUGGUCGUGUGGGCCCGCAAAUCUGUUCAGGAAAAUGUUGAUGGAGAUUGUCAAAAAUCAGAAAGUGACGCUUUGGAAGAAAAUCUAUGUCAUCUACAACUUCUUUUUUGUGCGCAAGAUAAUCGGGCACAUUUUGACGUCUGUGUUUUACUGCCUUGUUAUCCCAGCAACAGUUUUUGUUCCCGAGAUUGAGAUACCAAGGUGGGGUUACUUCUACAUACCAACCAUUAUCACCCUUCUCAAUGCUGUUGGGACUCCAAGGUCUUUUCACUUGGUUAUCUUUUGGGUACUGUUUGAGAAUGUCAUGUCACUGCAUAGAACAAAGGCGACCUUCAGCGGUCUACUGGAGCUAGGGAGGGUGAAUGAGUGGGUGGUGACAGAAAAGCUUGGUGAUGUUCUGAAGAUGAAAGUACAAAGCAAAGUUACCAAGAAGCUGCGAAUGCGGAUAAGAGAAAGGUACAUUAUCAUAAUUGGCUUACUCAUGUGCAUCUCUCAACUCUCGUACCUAAACUUUAAUAUGGAAUCAGGUUGCAGCUUUUGGAGCUUGGUGUUGCAGCCUAUAUCUUCUUUUGUGGAAGUUACGACCUUUUGUUUGGCAAAAGAUAUUACUAUAUCUUUCUCUUCAUGCAAUCCAUCGCUUUCUUUGUCGUCGGUGUGGGAUUUGUUGGGACACUUGUCCCCAACUGAUAAUGCUCUCCGUUCAUGGUGUAAUGUUGUCCGGAAAGAUUCAGUGUAACAACACUGGAGAAGACAUAGAUAGAUAUAUAGGUUUGUUUUAGCUGACAGGCAUGUGCUGUGAAGCACAUUACUUAGGUGAUGAUCAAGAAGGCUUGUUAGAGCCUCUGCAUUACCGCAGUAGAUUGCUGAGGUUUAAUCGUUUGUCCGAAAAGAAUAACACAAGGGAGUUUGUUCAUUCAGUCUUAGCAGGCAAUGUUUGUUGUGGGAAGAGGAGGAAAUAGAGUCUGGUGCCUCAACUUUGCCCACCUGAUAGGUGUCAAAAAAAAAAAACUUUGCCCACCUGAAAUACUAUAAGGAUGAUCUACUUGUUUAUCUCCAUAAUUUAUAUCUCCCCUGUCAAUGUUAAGUGCAAUAAACAUUUGGGAAAGUUUCA